AUGUCGUAUGCUGUCGAAUCCAAGAAGCGGAAGUUCCAUCGUGUCUUGGAGUCGAUCUCCAAGCCCCUUGCGACCGACAAUGCCUCGAAGACAUCCAGCGCUGGGCCCGCCAGUACGACCCAGGACCGCAUUCCGGCCAACCUCUCGAUCAAGAAGGUCCGGCUAAACAACAACGAUUCAUCUGACCUAACAUCUGUGCGCAACUCGAUCCUGAAAAACCCUCGACCUGCCAACCGAGCCGCCUCCUCUUCCUCGACUACGCGCCCGACUUUCGUCCCUUGGGAUCGCGAGCGGUUCCUUGAGCGCCUCGAGACCUUUCGUCGCGUCGACCGCUGGACUCCCAAACCUGCCCCGAUCAACGAAGUACAGUGGGCUAAGCGCGGGUGGAUCUGUGCCGAUGUGAUGCGAGUCAGCUGCAUCAGUGGCUGUGGCGGCUCGGUAGUGGUAAAACUUCCUGAUGAGAUCGAUGAGCUUGAUGGAUAUGAUCCGGAGAAGGUUCAAGAGCGACAGGAAGUCCGCGCCAAGUUGGUGGAGGAAUACGAGAGGUUGAUCAGAGAAGGACAUGGCGAAAACUGCCCAUGGAGGAACAGAGGCUGUGAUGCUACGAUUCAACACCUUCCAUUGACAAAUCCGGAUGCAGCCCUCUCGGGUCUCCGCACUCGCUACUUCCACCUGGCUAAGAUGGGCGACAAACUACCCGCCGAUGAUUGCAUACAAACCCCAGAUGGCUUCGAUAUUGAUAACCUCAUCAAAUCCCUACCCGAGGACUGGUUCAGAGCGUCCAAUGAAGCUUCAGAGACAACCAACUCACAUACUAAAGCGAACGGUAAGAACGAAGAAGCGGGCCCACAACCAGCAGCAGAGUCGCCGCAGGCUAUCAACCAGGCAGCACUUGCGAUGUCCUUCUUCGGCUGGGAUUCCACAGUCGACGGGUCUGCUGACCUGGUUGGGUGCAGAGCGUGUUUCCGCCGCCUCGGUCUGUGGAUGUACAAGCCAAAAGAAAACGGAGAUGUUUCUGUUUAUACAUCCCUAGAUGUGGCCGCUGAGCACAUGGACUACUGUCCAUGGGUUGAUCGACUAGCCCAGAGCGGAACCGGCAAACCGAAUGAAAAGACAAUCAACUUGCGAAAUGGCUGGGAAAUAGUCGCCGAAGCUGUCAAGGUGAAGCAUCGCCGACGGAUACGGUCUGUUGCGUCGGUGGACACCCUUCGCGCCGAACCAAGCACGCCCCUUGCGGAGACACCAAGCGAUGCGGGUGCAGAGAACGAAGAAACGAAGAAGGCCGUUGAGCGUGAGUGGUGGGCCAAGAUCCGACGCAUGAGGCAGGUCUUGUCCCACAAGUCACCGCGGCGCAAGCCUGUGCUCCCUAAGUGA